CGUUACCCAUCAUGCUCCGGUUAGACGUGUCAGCGAUAACACUGGAGUGCCAGAUCAACAACACACCAACCUUUCUUCCGCCGUUGUAGAAACCUCUCGAAACCUGACCCUGACGAGGUCUAAUGUCUCUAGAAAGCUCGUAGAGAUUUGCCUGCACCUAUUCGACGGCGAGUGAGGAGAAAUCACCACCAUGCUGAGGAGAAUUACGACGCUGCUUCUCUUAUGGGGCGCCCUGACGAUCGACGCAUUCUACCUGCCGGGAUUGGCCCCUGUUAAUUAUUGUGCCAAAGGGACGGAAAUCGAGGCUAAAUGCCAGUCUGAGGUUCCCUUAUAUGUAAAUCGUCUGAAUUCAGAGGAGUCUGUGAUACCAUAUGAAUAUGAACACUUUGAUUUCUGCAAAGACAGUGGUAAUGAUGAAACUGUUGUUGAGAACCUCGGUCAGGUAGUGUUUGGUGAAAGAAUCCACCCAUCGCCGUACAAGGUUGAGUUCAUGAAAACAGAGAAGUGUAAGGUGGUUUGCACCAAAGAAUAUGAUCCCAAAGUAAAAGACCAGGCAUCUCUUCUAGCAGAGUUGAAGAGGGCCAUGAAUCUCAACUACUAUCACCAUUGGAUAGUGGAUAAUAUGCCUGUCACUUGGUGUUACAUAGUAGAAGGCGGAAGCGUGUUCUGUGCAACCGGCUUUCCAGUGGGUUGCUAUGUUGACUCAGCAAGACGACCUAAGGAUGCCUGUGUUAUGGAUAAACGAUACACUGAUGCAGAAACGUACUACUUAUUUAACCACGUUGACCUGAACAUCACAUAUCACAGUGGAGAGUCCGAAGAUUGGGGAAGUGCACUCCAUGGAUCUGGUGGCCGCAUCCUUUCUGUGCGUGUAACCCCACGUAGCAUCAAGCACAAAGAGUACGCACCAGCAGGGGAAGGUUGUGAUACCCCAGAAGUUAUGGCUAUUCCAGAUGGUGCAAAGGACAAGAUCAGGAUUACAUACACCUACUCGGUUAUAUUUACUAAGAGCACUGGAAACAAUCGUUGGUCAUCACGUUGGGACUACAUUCUAGAUUCAAUGCCCCACACUAAUAUCCAGUGGUUCAGCAUCCUGAAUUCUUUGGUGAUUGUGUUAUUCCUGUCUGGUAUGGUGGCAAUGAUCAUGCUGAGAACGUUGCACAAAGAUAUUGCUCGCUAUAAUCAGAUUGAAGCUGGGGAAGAUGCCCAAGAAGAAUAUGGUUGGAAGUUGGUGCAUGGAGAUGUAUUCAGGCCUCCUCGUCGUGGAAUGCUCCUUUCUGUGUUGGUUGGCUCGGGCGUUCAAGUCCUCAUCAUGACGCUGGUCACACUGUUGUUUGCCUGUCUCGGAUUUCUGUCACCGGCAAAUCGUGGAGCACUUAUGACCUGUGCGAUGGUGCUGUACGUUUGUCUCGGCUUCCCUGCCGGCUAUGUAGCAGCUCGUUUAUACAAAAGCUUUGGAGGAGAAAAAUGGAAAUCAAACGUCAUUCUCACUUCAAUGCUUUGUCCAGGAAUUGUCUUUGCACUGUUCUUUGUGAUGAACCUAAUUCUGUGGUACAAGGGCUCCAGUGCUGCUAUCCCAUUCACCACUUUACUUGCCCUUUUGGCUCUGUGGUUCUUGGUGUCAGUGCCGCUCACUUUUGUGGGUUCUUUCUUCGGUUACAGAAAACGAUGCUUAGAAAACCCAGUUCGUACCAACCAAAUUCCCAGGCAAAUUCCAGAGCAGAGUGUUUAUACGCAGCCCCUACCUGGCAUCAUCAUGGGUGGUGUGCUGCCUUUUGGAUGCAUUUUCAUCCAGCUCUUCUUCAUUCUAAAUUCCAUCUGGUCUUCACAGACCUACUACAUGUUUGGCUUCUUGUUUUUGGUGUUCCUCAUUUUAGUCAUCACAUGCUCAGAAACCACAGUUUUGCUGUGCUAUUUCCACUUGUGUGCUGAGGAUUAUCACUGGUGGUGGCGUAGCUUCUUGACAUCAGGAUUUACAGCUUUCUACUUAUUUGUUUAUUGUGUCCAUUAUUUUGAAACAAAAUUAAAUAUAGAAGGCGUUAUAUCAACUAUGCUGUAUUUCGGAUAUACUGCAAUCAUGGUCUUCCUUUUCUUCCUUCUUACAGGAACUAUUGGAUUUGUGGCAUGUUUCUGGUUUGUUCGUAAAAUAUACAGCGUUGUUAAAGUUGAUUAAGCUCCAACAGAUACUUUUAUUCCAGUUGCUAAAAUGAAGUUAUUUUAUAGAGAAGUAUAUAUGCAGUAAGUACUAUCGGCAACUACUGACAGGGCAUUACGUUGAAGCAUUAGGUUAUGCAGAUACCGAGUACUUGGUGAAAAGAAUGAAAAUUGGUCCUCUACAGCUUGAAGUAAUAGUGGUAAAGGUUAUAUAUAUAUAUAUUAUAUAUCAGACAGGCCAUUUUGUGUAUAAAUAAAAAUGUUUUGAUAAAGCUUGUCCAUAAUGCUAUGUAAGCUGUGUGAUAUUUUUCUCAAGCUUCUCUACAUUUGUAAAUUCUCUUGGAUUAUGUUUGUAAGAGAACCAAAAAAGUAUUCAUUGGGAGCGGAGUGCCUCUCUCCUCUCAUCACUUAUUCCCACAUAGUGGCAGUUAUGUUUCCUGUGGGAAAGGACAAGGCAGACUGUGGUCUGGAGAGUAACUGCAUUCAUUCUCAGAGGUGCUACAACUGGUGGAAGUGUGGCGUUCAUAUGUUGUAUUUAAUACCAUGAAGAAAUCUUUGGGAUGUCUUGUAUUAGACACAAUGUUAUGAAUCAAAGUACUGUAGGUCUAGGCUGUCUUAUCUAAAUAUUACUGUUUUCAUACCUGUAAUUUUUUCUUCAUUCUUAGGGAAGUUACUUCGGAGUAACAGCCGUUUCUUGUUCAUAUACAGGAAUUUUACAGUGAAAUAGUUCAGUCCUCAAGAAUCAGCAGGAGAAUUACUGUGAAGUGAUAGGUAAUUUCCCUCUCAUAAGCUAGGUAAUUACUGUUUGAAUGCCAUGACAGCCAUUUUCUCCUUAACUAGAAGAAAGUUACUGUCAAGAUAAACGGUAAAUCCUUACAUCAGCAAACUUAUUUUUUUCACUUUAUGGUUUACAAUGACCGUAAUUUUCUCUUAUUACCUUGUUAUGUAUAUAACAUAAAAUGAUGAUUUAUGGCUUAGCUGUAUUAGCUAUUCCUGCCUUGUAUGUUUGCGCACAUGUGUGGAUGUUAUACAUACUGUAUUUAUAUAUAUUACUAAGGUUAAUGCAUGACUUUGUGUGUUUGGGAGCAAGUCCGUGAUUGUUUGGCGACACUAGUUGAUUGUAUAUAUAUUUUUUUGAAAAUUUAUGUUUUCAUAGCACCAUCAUGUGCACAAGUGUUUUGAGGAGUGACUCUUGAAGUUGAAUGUUUUAUGUCAUUUUAUUUAUUGCUUACUUUAAGGCAAGACAAGAAAAAAGCAGUGCUGCCUGGAAUUGGCAUUCCAUUGUACAAAUUAUUUUUUCCUCUUAAGUUACUUCUGACUUGAAUCAAAUGGAAUAAGUUUUUACACUUUCAUUGUCACUCACCAUUAAGGAUAUCAUUUGCAGGAACUGCUUUUUCAUUCCUUAUUUGCCUAGCGAAGUCCAUUGUGUACUUUAUAUUUGUUUUACUAUUUACAUCAAGACUUUUAGUCCUUUCUGCUUCUUGGUCAGUUUGGUAUUAGUUGGAAGGUUAUAAUAAGUACUAAUACAGUGAAGCCACUUUAUAUGAUAGAAAUGAAAGUCCAAUGGUUUUGAAAUUAAAUAAAUUUUUAUAAAAC